AUGAAUAGGACAUUGCUGAGGGCCCCGCGGCGCUUUCCGGAAGUAGCUCGUGUCGCGCCCUCUGUGUACUCUACUGUUCCUCGCUAUACAUUCCUCUCAUACGGCCGAGUGCGGAGUUUGACCUCAUCUUCUCACAUCUCAGCAGAACACCCAACUCCGAGCUCUCCCUCGCCCAGCGGCGUACCAGCUGAAGAGAAGGACACGGUUAAAUUACAGCCGACUUCUCAACCGACGCAACACAUUCCUUGGUAUCUCCAAGAGGAGAGUUCGGUUCCUGCAGCCGCCGAAGUAACUUCCAGAGAUCAGCUUCCCGAGCUUCCGGAGAACCCGCCAAAAAUACUGCCAGAGCUCCUAGAAUAUGUUUUUAAAGAUCUUGGUCUAGAUGGACUCAAAUUGAUUGACUUACGGGGGUUGGAAACACCCGCCGCCUUGGGUGCCAAUGUCAUCAUGAUCAUCGGGACCGCGCGCAGUGUCAAACAUCUGAAUGUCUCUGCGGACCGUCUCUGCCGCUGGCUGCGGAGCACUCAUAAGCUGUCACCCUAUGCGGAUGGAUUGCUGGGAAGGAACGAGUUAAAAAUCAAGCUUCGACGCAAGACUCGGCGCGCUAGAAUUGCUAGCCGGACAGGUGCCAUGGUUGAUGAUAAAGAUGAUGGGAUUACCACGGGCUGGAUUUGUGUCAACGCAGGCGUUGUAGAAAAAGCCCCCGCAAAAGAGGAGACGGACGGCGAAUUUGAGGGUUUUGGGCCUCGAGUGGGAGGAACACGAGUGGUUGUCCAGUUGUUCACCGAGGAGAAGAGAGCGGAAUUGGAUCUGGAAACUCUCUGGGAGGGACGGAUAAUGCGCGCCCAACUGGAGAAAGAGAAGAAUUCUGAUAUCGCCAUGGACGCAUCCGAGGAGGUUCGUUCUAUAAACUCGAUAAAGCGGUCACCAUCUGACUAUAAACCAUCGCAUAUUCCCAGGUCAACCGUGAGCCUUCCAUUUGAACAGAAAAGGAAUUUUAGUAGUACGAUGCGCAUCAACGGUCCGUCACCUGUGCAUUUUGCUGCAGGUAAGGAACGACAGGUCAGGCGUCAGGGCGAGCGACGCAAUUCUGGGUCACUGGCUGGGUUAUCAGAGUCUCUUUCGUCUUUGUCUGUUGAGGAAAUGAAGGUUAAACUGGGAGAUGACCCUCGUGAUCGCAAAUCUACUGCGUUUUUACGGGACUUUUACAAAGAAGUGUCUAGCUCUUCAUUGGACAUUGCAGCCGUGGCUGAGCUCGAGCUUAUGUGCUCCGCCGUUUCUCAAGGAUAUACUGGGUACAGCAGAGAAAGCAUAUACCGAGAAUUCAUGGGUUGUUGUAUGUCUGCAGGUAACAUAUCUGGGCAAAUCUUGGCCGUGGUUCUCGAUGUUUUGCUUGCACCACGAACAGGUGACGAUCCGCUAGUUGGGGGAGAAUGGUUCACGGACUCGGACAAAGAAAUGGCUCUUUCCGCUCUAGAUCAAUUUAUUUUGAGAGGAGAAGAUUUCAUGAAUUUGCAGGUUUUCGCCCGGCUAUACUAUCUGGCCUCUCUUCCCCCUGGCCCUGGGGAAUAUGGCGAGACCAGUCCGGCAGACAGAGGAGCUCAUGUACUGCGUAUGAUCGACACACUCAACAUCCCCUUCGACCCCGUGGCGGCUCGAACGCUCAUGUUCUCCAUAUUACGGAACCGUGACUUCCAGGCCUUUUGGAUAUGGUGGCGAAAGCUACCUUUAAAGGGGAGCGCUCGCACAUACGAAGACUAUACAACUCUUUUCCGAAUUCAUGCCGAGCUAAAUGAUAGGAUUUCUGCGCGUGAAUGCCUCCUCAACGUCACGCCCAUGAUGGGCCGAGAGAACCCGCCAAUUGCAUUAGAAGGUGACCUGGUUACACACAUCCACGAUUGUUUGUUCAUUGCAUAUCCUAAGCUUGGAUCGCAAAUCGAGGAGGGUGGCGAUGCUCAGUUUGAGAAGCUGUUGAAGAAAUGCCAGGAUAAGCUAAGGGUUCCUGCUCUCCUUGUAUUGCAGAGCAGACGAGGUAUCUCCGCCGGAAUUAUGGAGUACCUACCAAGUCUCCAGCAGGAGUUCGAUGACUUCAAACCGUCGCUCUUUGAACUACUCGCGGAACAGCAGCUGUCGGACCUCCUUCCUCCAUCGUUACGAUAUAUUCUUGCAGUUGCUACACAUCGGCACCCACGAUAUCUGCUCCGAGUGCUAAACUCCUAUGAUGAGGUCUAUGCAUUGCUCUCCCUUAUUGUCGAGCGAUACUACUUGCGCAACUUCGGCGGCUCAUUCACAGAGAACUUUUACUCGCUCAAACGCGAGCGUGUUCUGCUGACCAAAAAUGGCGAGAUUCCCCGAACUCAAUUGGGAGCCCCUGGCCCCGUUCGCGACAGUCUGAAGUUGCGCACUACGGACGUGUGGAAGAACUUAUUCGUUAUGAUCGGCAUUCCUUACCUCAAGCGCAAGUUGGACGAAGGGUACGAUAUCCACGCAGCUCCCCAGGCUUCCCUUAUCAUGAGCGGUGGUCCACGGUACAACCCCAGCGACGAUUUACCCCCGAACCCUACCAUUCGGCAGCGCCUCAUGCACACUUAUAAAUGGUUUCUCCGCAACGUUUAUCCCUCCGUCAAUGCGGCCUAUUACUUCUCUAUUCUCGCCUUCAACCUCGCCUAUCUUUUCGAUAACACCAAAUACUCUUCUCCCUUCCUUUGGCUCAUUGGGACACGGAUCCGCCGUUUAAGCUCCGCGGACCACCAUGCAAUCGCCAAAAUCUUGGAAGGCAGCCCGCAAAGCCCGCGCGGUGCACGAACACGCCCAGGAUCUGGUCUCUUAGGUGCCCUCAGCCCGCAAAACAUCUACCCCCAACUCCUGAGCUCCCUUCGAUACUUCCUUCCUGCCUCUAUCUUCGCUCUCAAGUUCCUUGAAUGGUGGCAUGCCAGCGACUUCUCACGUCAACUGGCCCGCAAAGCCACCGACACUCUCGACAUCCCAGCCCCCAUAACAAAGGGGAUGAUUCCGCCGUCCGAACGGAAGCAGAAGUCCUCAGAAAAACAAGCUCCUGAUACUGGUGUAUCGUCCCCUAAAUCAGCCCUUAAAACCUCCUCACCCCGCAAGCGCAUUCAGCCCCCUAUCUCCACCACUUCAUACCUACCGAUAUUCACUGUAUCCCUCCCACCUGCAGACUCCGACGUCGCUUCCUCGUGCCCUGUCUGUCUCAACCAGCUCGCCAACCCCACUGCAUGCCAGACCGGCUACGUGUACUGUUACGUAUGCAUCUUCCACUGGUUGAACGGCGAGCAUCAGCGUCAAAUUGAUUUCAUGAACGGGGAUGGCGCCGGCGCUCCAUGGGAGGAUGAUCUUGACCAAGGCGAAGAUGUGGAUGGCCCGGAACAAACCACGCAUGUUGGACAAAGUAGGGAAGGGAAAUGGGAGAGCGGGAAAGGCCGAUGCCCGGUUACGGGAAGAAGAGUGUUGGGUGGGACGGAAGGGUUGAGAAGGGUUCUUAUCUGA